AUGGCAACCCUUAGGACGCCCUUCAAUCAAAGUUGGGUUGAAAGUGCUCUGGAUAAACCAGAGUUCUUGCCCGAGGAUAGCAAGGUUAUUGAAGGGAUUGUUCCAGCUGAUCGAGGUGUCUCGUUCAAUCAGGCCUAUCAUCCUGAGAAGUCUCCCAAGUACCAACCAGUACCCCCGGAUUCAUACAAUACCUGGAGUGAGACUUGGAGUGCGACGGAUUUGUAUUGCUGA